CCGAUUGGCUCGCAAGUGAUUACAACGUAUGCGACGACAGGCCUGAAUGUUACGUCUUUUUGGAAGCGUUGUUCGGUUUGAGUUUAUUAUUUUGUUAGCUAAAUUUAAAAGAAUUUUGACACAUUAUAUGGAUUUGUAAUCUUGUGCUGAUUGGCCAUUGUGCAUAUUGUACACAAAAUGGAGACAAGCAAACAAGUGCUUAACAUAACUGGGCAUUUACAGUGCGCUUAUUGUAGUUAUCAGUGUAUAAGCAAUGAAAACUUUCAGAUUCAUAUUGGUACUUAUCACCCAGUGCACUGUGAAAAUGUUGAUAUAGGCAGACUUGGAAAGGUCAUCUUUUAUCAGAGAAGCCCCAAGCUUUUCCAUUGUCAGAUGUGCUUUUUCACUGGUAAGACAUAUACAAGUGUGUAUGACCAUGUUAUAAUCCGACACUCCUUUUCAGGAAGUGCCAACAAUUCAAUGUCCAAAAAUAAAGGCAAGGAGAAUGAGGUGCCCAAAGUUACACCUAGUGGCAAUCAGGUGGCACUAGUUAAACCGGAAGGUGAUAAGAUGAAAGUCACCAGUGAUCCAAAAGAAGAAAAAAAUGAUAUGGAGUCAGAGUUCUUUUGCAGCACACCAGCAAAGUUUACACCACUUAACAGCACGAAUGACAGUGAGUUGGAGAUUUCAGAUCUGGGCAGUCCUGAUGCAUCAAAAACUGAAAAUAACCUAAAAAGAAAGCGAAAUGACAGCAAUGAAGAAGAUAAUUCACAAACUGAGAAAGAAGGUGAUGACAGCAGUGCCAUGCUAGAUGAUAGCUCGGCUAGUUUAAAAAUGCAAGCUGAGCCUGAUGAAGCCAAAGAGACUGCCCAGGAUGAAGAAGAGGAAUUUUUAUCGAAAUAUAUUCGUCGGAAUGUAGGCAGGUACUACUGCAAAAUCUGCAACUGGCGUGGCAAAAUGAAAGGCUUUGUGCUGUAUCAUGUAAGCAGAAAGCACAAUAUUCCCAAACCUUAUGCAUGCAAAGAAUGUGACAAGUCCUUCUUUCUGGAAAGUCUACUAAACAAUCAUGUGAACCUUCACCACAAGCAAGGACUAUACAAAUGCCCCUACUGCAAUUUUGAGUCAAACUUUCUCCGAGGCAUCCGGAAGCAUCUGAAGCACUGUAACUCCCAACAUGGGGAAGUAGUGGAACAUGAGACUUGGGAAAGUGAUGAACAGAUGGAGGACUUAAAUUAAAAGAUCAUUACUUUUAAGCAUAGUAUUGCUUUCUUAGAUGUGCUUUUUUCUUUUGUGUUUGUGUGUUUCAUUAAUUGAAUAUUUAGUCCAAAUAACAUGCUUACACAGAGUUAUGCUUCUUGACUUACCUAAGUGUAAAUCGUUGUAGGAAAUCAAUUUAGAAAGUGACUUAAAAAGUAUUUUUUUAUAUUCCAAAUGUGUUACACAACUAAACAUUGAAAUACAUUUUAGUAAGCAUUGCAUGAUUGCCUUUAGUUUCAUUUAUCUCACAUAGUUGUGGUCAACUUUGAUACAAGGUAAAGAAAUUUUAUUGGAAUAUGUGUAAAAGAGAAAUGGAUUUUAAUGACAGAGAUACAUGAUAGACCUCUGCCAACUAGGAAGAUGUGUCAAGUGAAAAUGUAUGUAUUAUGCCAUUAUUAAAGAAUUUUUAACUUGA